CAAACUUCCGCAAAGAAAAAGAAGAAGAAGCAGAAGAAGAAGAACAAGUCGCUUUGGGUACCUUGCUCUUCACAAGUUUUAGCUGUGUUCAAUUUGAAGAAAUAAUAUAUAUUUAUAACGCUUUUGGCCGCCGACACAGUUUUACUACUUGCCUUUUGCACAGUUUUUGUGUUUUUGACUCGGGCUGAGCCUCUUUAUUCAACGUCUUUGCGAUCUCGUCUGGCACAACACGAUGAUCACAAGGAGGAGAAGCCGUGCCAUGGAGGUGCCGUCGGUAGACGUUGAGGAGGUGGACGUAAUGGAAAAUGUUCACGAUCUCCCCAGCCCUUCUGAUCCGCUUGCUGCUGAUGACACCGAUCCUUCAGGAAUCGAGCUAGACGACCUGUUCGAAGAUUUGAAAUGGACUCUAGAAAAAGAUUCUCCCUCUCUACUCUUUGGCGUCGAUCUUGCCGAUCUAGAAGCACACAGCGACAUAAACCAAAACUCGGGGUUUGACGCUUCGUCCCGCUCGUCUCCAGACAUAACGUCUUCUGGCUCCAGGAUGAAAAACCGACAAAACCAGUCGAACCACGUCAUCAACAAAAACGCCAUCGCUGCCAGAUUGAACCGUCUCAAGAAGAAGGAGCACGUCAACACCCUGGAGAAGCAGGUUGGCGUUCUGUCAACGGAGAACGCCGUGCUCAAACAAGAGAACUGUCAGUUGACUAAACGGGUGGAAGAAUUGGAGGAUGAAACCAGGUAUCUGAGAGCUGUGCUGGCCAAUGAGAGCAUGUUAGCCCAGCUCUUGUCCAGACUGAGCGGUGUGAAUGGGAUGAAAUUAUCUUCCUCGCUUUUCCAGGGGCCUCGCUCCAACGAGCACGAUUAUGCGUUGCCCAGGAAGCGGGUGAAGGUGGAGGAGAAGGAGACGUCUGGCGGCGUGUGCCUGCAUGUAGACAAGAACCACGUCUCAGUGGAAUUCUGCCCAAAGUGUGCAGAGAGCGCGAGCACGUCGCUCAAAAUGUAGGGUCAAGUACUUCUGUUUUCUCAUAUUGAGACUAAACCGUAUGUGACUCUGUACUGAACCUUAUCAGGAUGGAUGAACACCGAGUUAAUUAGAGCUGCCUAAGAACCGCAGAAUGUGCAUGUGAUUUAUGGUUUUGGUGGGAUAAGUAAACGUUACUGCUAAACCUUGUUGACAGUUUCUUCUAGGUAAUGGUUGCUCCGCCAUGGGGGAUGAGUGGCUUUCUGAACUCCUUUUCCUGCUUGACGCCCUGUUCUGCUGAUGGGAGGUGACGAAGCUGGACACGCAGCUGCAACGUGGCCUGGUAUUUUUUUAAAGGUAGUAUCGGUAACAAAUGGUACAUGUAAUCUAAUUUUUACCCACAUUCUGCAUCACCUGUAGCUGUUGGUCGUAUCAGCAAAGCUCCUUCAGCAGCCGGAGCAAUUUGUAUAUUGUUUGUAUAUUGAAAUGUACAUUUAAAAAAAAAAACUGAUCACAGUUAAUUUUUUAAAUCACAUCUAAUAAACUGUAAAUGUUUAAUUUUGAAUAUAUUUUCUUUUGAAGUAAAUGCUCUGAGAAAUGUUGGACAAAUAAAUCCCAUUCUCUGUGUGUGAAAUACUAAAUAUCUGCUGAGUCUUGUUGUGUACUGUUGAUAUUAAUGCAUCUCUUUUUUCUUUCUAAACAGCAAGCUCUGCCGAUAAAGGUCUUAACUUUUCCUGAACAUUGGGUCAAGUCUGGUAAUGGUUGUCAGAACAGAUGACAGUCCCCAUUGGAUGGAAUUAUAAAGCAUAGAAAGAUUCAUGUCAUUUAUCUGCCCAACUACAGUGCAUCCAGAAGGUUUUCCCAGCACUUCACUUUUUCCACAUUUUAUGUUCCAGCCUUAUUAAAACAACCUUCCCUCAAAAUUUGACACACAAACACCCCAUGAGGGCAGCAAUGUGAGAAAAAGUUUGAGAUUUUUGCUAAAUUCUUAAAACUUGAAAACCAAGAAAUCACAUUUACAUAAGUAUUUUACAGUCUUCUUCCAUUGGCUGACGAUGGAGGCGGAGUUCAUCGGUCCUUCAGAGCACCAGGAGUGUUUCUGGAUCCUUCUUCAGAUUUCUGCCUCAAGACCAUCCUGUCUCUGAGGUCUACAGACGAUUCCUUUGAUUUCAUGUUUGGUGUUUGCACUGUUCACCGUAGGACCAUAUGUAGACAGGUGUGUGCCUUUCCACAUCAGGUCCAAUCAUCUGAAUUUACCACAGGUGGACUCCUUUUAAGUUGUAGAAACAUUUCAUAAAUGAUCAGUAAAAUCCCAAAACGUUUUUCCAUGUUGUCAUAAUUUGGUUUCUGUUUUUAGAAUUUUGAGGGAAGACUAAUUUAAAGGUAGCGUAUAAUGUAAAAUACCUUCUUUUUUUUUAGCUUUACAUGUUAUUCCCUCAUCAAAGACACUCCUUGGAGUGUUGCUUUGAAUUUGUCACACAUGUUUGAGAAAUUGUGAAAUCUCCCCCAACGUUUGGGUGUCCAGAUUACGAGUUUUUGUAAUCAUCUUACAUUCUCACUAAUGAAGUCCAACCAUUUCAGCUUGCUGAGAAAAAAAGGCAUGAUUUUGCUUCACCUGGUUCAAUCAGUUAACUUGUUGUGGACAUAAUGAAAUAAGUAAAAAAGGUGCUACAUAUUUCCAUAAAGCUUCCACCUGACGGAGCACCCCUCACCUGCAGUUCCCCCACCUGGCUCCUUCACCUGCUGAGCUCACAAGAACUACUUAGUCCAACACUUUUAGGAGCGGUUGUACAUGGCAGCAUGGAGGAACAGUUUUGUGAUGAUGUGCUGGAAAGAAGAGGAGCUUCUUAAAGAAACGGGCCAAUUUUAAAGUGUCAAAUUUAUUUAAUGUUUCACAUGUACAGCAGUUUUAUAACUGAAGUUAUAGUUAUCAGUGCUGUUUUAUAGCACGAUGUGCUUGGAAACGACAUAAUAGCACCCUGGCAAUGUGGAAAAAGUGAAGAACUGUAAAUAUUUCUGAAUGUACUGUAUUUUAGCUCAUUCAGCUGUAAGUGCUUUAGUAUUCAUAUUGUUUCCGGGGAGAGUGGAGCAGAAAAGUAAUCAGUUACUGCCACCUAUUGGUAUAUUGGUUACACUUCAGAUGUUCCCUGUUGUGUUUAAAGCAUUCAGUGGUUUGAUAAAUCCCCUGGUCUAUGCUCCCACCUCAGUGACUGUUAAUGCAAGGCAAGUACAUGAGUUUUUGACAUUCAGCAACAUUGUACUUUACAUUAUGGAGGCAUAAAACCUUAUAUUGUAGGAGUAAAUAAAAGAAAGUAAUAAAAAGUUGUAAUACAGACUAAAAUUA